AUGGGAUUUUUGAACGGGAUACGCAACCUCUGGGGAACUUCUUUAUCAGGAAAUAAAUGGAAAUACAAGGAAAUUUACGUGUCAAAAGUUUCUGAAGUUUAUUACAAUAUUGAAAGUGUUAAAUCGUUGAGUAUUGUAUCAAACGAAGAACGAAGACUGAAUACUGGCGAACAUCCGAAUCAGGAUGUUAAUUAA